AUGAAAAAACUAUCAAAGCAGAAACAUGGAAACAUAACGUUUUUAUCAGUGAUCGGAAUGUUGUUAUAUGAAUAUUUAAUAAUUUUGGUACAAUUAUUCAAGUGGAUUACCUUUCCAUUGUUGAAUGUGUUUAGUAAAUUAUAUAUCAAGGAACAUUAUAUUAAUUUGUCUGAUGUAGAUGCAAUUUCCUUCUUGAAAACUAAUCAUGUAAAUAGACGCCGACUGAAAAUAUUACAUUUGACUGAUUUUCAUUUUGAUUAUUAUGCAGAUCCUCCAGAUUGGUUGGGAUCAGCAGGUUCGUAUUAUACUAAAAUCUGGGCUUGUUGGUAUUGGUUGAGACGACACGUUCGAUAUCAUAAGAUUAGCAAACAACAAUUGAAGGAUAUUCUUGUGGAAAUUGAAUACAUUCCAAAUAUUGACAUGAUAGUAUUGACUGGAGAUUUUGUUGAUAAAUUUUACAAGGUUGAUGUGGAUUGGGUUGUGGAUAAUUUCUUCUCUAAAUUAUCAAAAUAUUCAGAGUUGGGAGUUUUUGCAGUGUUAGGAAAUCAUGAUGAGAGUAAGACCCAUCCUCUCGAUAAGGAGGAGGUAAUCAAAAAAUUAUCAAGAGCUGUCACAAUAUUAGAUGCUGGUUCAAAAGCUAAUAAUCAUCAAUUCUUUGCUAAAGUUACAAAGGAAACUAAGGAAUUCAAGUUUGAUAUUGAGUUGUGGGGAUUUUUAGAUUUUUACAGUCCACUCUAUUGGGAUAAUUAUCAUAAAAUUGUAAAGGAAAUGAACGAGAGUCCUAUCAAGGAGAAUACUUUGAGAAUUGUAUUGAGCCACAACCCAGACACUGUUGCUUGGAUUAAGAAUGACGUUUUCCAUUUUGAUUUGGUUUUGUGUGGACACACUCAUGGUGGCCAAGUGACAUUACCAAUACCUUCAAUAAUUCUGAAAAACGUACUAGGACUCUUUUGGAAACUUAGUGUAAAGGAAGCAACAUUUGAUCAUUUUGUUCAACAUCAUUUUUCCUAUGAACAGGUUCAUCAGAUGAAUGAAGGAAUAUUCACCUACCUUCCUAUAAUUCCAAUAAUUAUUUUCAUUUACAAGAAGGUUACUCUGUGGAAAUUUGUAAGGCAACGAAUUAGUGGAUUGAGAAUUGUUCAAAGACUAUUGAAUGUUUGCAAGUAUUGGGAAUGGGGAGUUGGUCUAUAUGAAUUGAGAUUGCAGGACGAUUCUACACUCAUCGACAGUGUGCUCCAUCAUCACAAACAACAAGCUAGAAAUAUUGAUGUAGUCGACUCGGCUGAUGAUUAUCAAAUCAAACUCAUUUACAGAACUUACAAAAUCGAGAGGAGACAAUUUAUUCACACCUCUGCUGGUUUAGGAAGUCAUUAUCCUCUUCGAUUAUUCUGCCCACCAGAAAUAUCCAUUCUCAACCUAUCCUUCUAAAUUUGAAUUAUUUUCAGCAUUUUCAAAACAGUAACCAAAAUGAAAUCUAGAUUAAAUUCAUAACUUAUUAUUG